AACAUUCUGGUAUCACUUCUUAUCGAGAGUGUUCUAAAGAGAAGACACGCCCAGAGCUGAUAUACAGCUCAUUCCUCCUCCACGGGGUCAAAGUCUACAGCAACUAACAAAAGACUACACCGGAUCUCAAACUUCAGCGAUCUCACUUCAAAACGAGGACAAAAAAAAAAAACCCGUUGUAUUUUGCUAACAGAUGGAUCCCCUGCUCAGAUGCAGCCUUCCCUUUCUGCUAAUAUACUUCCUCACUCUUGUUCCUGUGACGGUGGAAGGACAUGGUGGAGUACUGAGGAGGCAAAAAAGAGAAUGGAUCCUAGCUCCCAGAAACCUUACCGAGGGACAUGACUACACCACUUACGACUUCGUUGCUAAGAUUCGCUCAGACAAGGAGACAUCUGAGGAGAUAGUAUACUCUUUAACUGGUCCUGGUGUUGACCAAAACCCACAGGGCAGAUUUUCUGUUGACCGGAAGACUGGCUUUGUUAAGUGCCACUCCAUUCUGGACCGAGAGGAAUUUGCACAAUAUCAUCUUCUUGGUGUAGCAAAAUACCUUGAUGGGACUCGCGCGGAGCACGACAUUACUCUCGUUAUUAAUGUUGUGGACAUUAAUGACUGCACUCCUGUCAUAAAGAUGCAGCAAGUAGGACAAGUCAGCGAACACAGCAAACUCGGUACGGUUGUGAUGAAAGUGAUAGCAACAGAUGAUGAUGAUCCGAACACUAGCAAUGCCAAGAUCUUCUACAGAAUAGAUGAGCGCACUAAUGCUGACGGGAUGUUCACCAUCAACUCCCGAACAGGAGAGGUCAUGGUUGCAAAGACCACUCUAGAUAGAGAGACCAAAAGCACAUAUAAGUUGACCAUUUAUGCUUCUGACAUGGACGGCAAAGCAGGAGGACACACAGGAACUGGUGAAAUUGAGAUUGAUCUCACAGACAUAAAUGACAACAUACCAACACUGGCACAAGAAACGUAUGAAGCAAGAGUGGAGGAGAACACAAUUGGUGUCGAAGUUCUAAGGAUACAAGCACUUGACCUGGAUAUGAUCCAAACGGCGAACUGGUGGGCUGUGUUUGAAAUUGUUUCCGGAAAUGAGGGAGGUUACUUUGAUAUCAGAACUGACAAAACGACCAACGAGGGAGUCAUCACGAUUGUUAAGGCUCUGGACUACGAGGAAAUAAAAACACUAAGUCUCGGAAUCAAGGUUAAAAAUGAAGCAGAGUACAACUUCGGCAGCAGCACGGUGAUUACAGGCGCUACAUCCAAGCCGUAUCCCAUCAAAAUAAAUGUUGUCAAUCAGAAAGAGGGGGCUCGAUUCCAGCCCAGUGUAAAAGUGGUGACCGUCUCUGAGAAAAUAACUUCCACAUCUCUGACCCAAGUUAUAGCAACGUACGCUGCUAUCGACAGUGACACGCUGGUGACUGCCACAAACGUGAGGUAUGCAAAGUUGUAUGAUGCAGACAACUGGUUUUCAAUUAAUGAAAAAACUGCAGAAAUCAGGUUGAAUAAAUAUCCCGACCGAGAGUCAAUAUAUUUGGUCAAUGGAACAUACUAUGCCAAAAUUAUUUGCAUAACUGAUGACAUUCCUGCGAAAACUGCAACAGGAACCAUAGCCAUUCAGGUGGAGGACCACAACGACCACUGUCCACAACUGACCUCAACGGCUCAAACCGCGUGCUUUGGUGAAAAUGUCAUUUAUGUCACGGCAAAGGACAAAGAUUUGUACCCCAACGCACAACCAUUUACAUUCGAUUUGAUUCAAGUGGACAGCAAAGACAAGUGGAUUUUAGAGCCCUUUAAUGAAACCACAGUCAUUCUUCGAAACCAGGGAAAGCUAUGGCAUGGCAACUACAAAGUGACCCUGAAUGUCAAGGACCAGCAAGGAAAGUCGUGCGAUGAUCUCCAGAAACUCAAUAUAACUGUGUGCACAUGUGAUGGAAACACCAAGGCCUGCAGUUUACGCAGAAAAAGCACUGUGAAAUUUGGAGCUGGCGGUAUCUUGCUCUUGCUGCUGGGACUCUUGCUCCUUCUGUUGAUUCCCCUUCUUCUGCUCUUCUGCCUGUGUGGAAAUGCCGCAAGAGAUUUUAAGGCUAUUCCCUUUGAGGCGAACGAACAUCUCAUCUCAUAUCACACUGAGGGGCAGGGGGAAGACAAGGACGUCCCUCGUGUCCAAAUUCCGGUGCAGGUUGAUGGUAGCACCAUAAAUACAAAGAACAUCAACAUGUCUGGGGGAGCUGCGUACCUUGAUAAUUUAACUGGUGCAGGAAUGGGUGGAGGUGGAACCCUAACAGGAGAGGAGAUGUGGAUGGACGACAAAUACAACUAUUACCAUGCAAACCGAGAUCAGAUGGGUUUCAUGGGUGCAGGGACUAUGACGGGCCAAGAGAUGAGCUUUUCCAAGCAAAGAUUGACAGCCUUCGAUGGAAUGGCCUUGCCAGAGCAUUAUCUGGGGCAAUACUACUCAGUUAAAUCAAGACAAGCUCCACAGCAACAUCUGGAGAAGGACAAGGAAGUGAUCUAUCAAUACGAGGACGAAGACUCGCAGGCAGCUUCUGUAGGAUGCUGCAGCCUCCUUGAAAAUGAUAAUGAUCUUGCAUUCCUUAAUGACCUGGGGCCAAAAUUCAAAACCCUGGCUGAAAUCUGCAAUGGAAAGCCCCUGGAGAGCACUUCGGUGGAUGUGGGAUUUUCUAAUCUCUCAAACCAAACCGAGUUCACUGCUAGGCCAUCCACCUCGACCCACACGCAGGUCCACACCCACAGGGAAACAAUUAGGGACAGAGAGCCUGUGAAUGUCAACACCCUCAAUGCCUUCAAUAAAGCAUCUGGGUCUUCUACCCUCAUCCAAGAGGAGCGAAUUACUGAGCGCUCCAAGGGUUCAGCAACUCUUCCUAAAGUCAAAGAGACAGUCGUCAUCCCUAACCAAACACUUCUCAUACAGCAGCCUACUAUGUACUACGCAGCUGCCCCAAUGUAUGUAGUUGAGUCAAAUCCCCAAAUGGUGCUUGUGUCAGGGGGAACUCAGCAGGUGGUUGGUCAGGUGAGUCAACCUGGGCUCAGUCAAGGAUUAAUACAAGUUGGAGGCCUCCAAAGUUCUCAGGGUGUGGUGCUGGUUGAAGGGCAAUUGGGAAUGAAUGGAGUGUCUGGGCAGGUGGCACAGGGCUCCUCCCAGGGAGCCGUCUCAACUACAAACACUCAAAUGUUUGUAGUUGAGAAUGGAUCUUCUGGUGGAAAGCACAGUACACAUUAUUUGCAGAGCUCUGGUCAUGUACCACAGGGCUCUUCACAGGCAGGAUUUGAGCUGGGAGGAAAAGGAGUUCAGAUGAAGUCAUUUUCUGCAGGCUCACGUGGUUCUGCAGGAUCAAAGGAAGAUUUUACACUAGCAACCACACCCAGGCUCCAAGGAGGCCAGAGGGUUGUUGUUCAGCAUAAAAAAGUCUCUGUGACUGAGAGAAAUAUCGAGUCAAACACAUAAAUUGCUGCCUUGUUUUGCUUAACCACUGAGGUCGCACAUGUAUAUGCUUGUUAAGAAAUGCACUACAGCAGAGAGAGCUUGGGUAAGACUUUAAACUGCUUGGCCUUUGGCUUUAUUCAAAUACUGUCUGCUUUUACACAUAAAAACACAUAAGUGUUAGAGUUCCAUGAAUGCAUUAACUGACUUCUUUGAUGCAUAAUUUUCUUCACCCCCUACUGAGUAAAAGUAUGAUAUAUACAUGCCAUACAAUAGCACUGAAAAGCCUAUGUUUAUUUUAGGUAAAAGACAAGUCCAGAAAAACAUUUUUAAAAAGGUUUACAUUUGUGACUUAAUGUCUAUUAUAACAGGCUGAGUUGCAUCAGUUCCUAUUUCCUCUGAAGGUGUAAUUUUCCUGAAAUUAAUUAUUUUUUUCGAUAUUAUUAAAACGGAAUAAAUGCAGCUUACCAAAAAUAUAUAUAUUUUUUAUUAAUAAUCAGUGUUUUAUUGUCAUUCCUUUGUAUCACACAUUGGUAUUUUUGCAAUUAUUUGUACAUGAAAACUGAUAAGUGCCAAACUGUUUGUGUAGUCCUGUUUUUUCCAAGGUGUUGCGCUUUUUAAUUAAGUAUCUCUCAUUUUGUUAGUUUUUUUUUAUUUUUGUAUGUAACCAAGUGAUUUGGUAAUCUAGAAUUACAUUGCAAAAUAGUAACUUUUGCCAGGGUUAUACGGUUUUUUACUUACUGCUGUUGCUGCUUGUAUUUUUGUCUUGUUUGUCAUAUGCUGAUGGAAUGUAGCAUUGAAGCUAAACUGGCCUGAAAAUGAAGAUUUGUUUCUGUUAUUUGCACCUGAUGUCAGUAUAAAAUCAAACAAUAAAACAAUACUUGUUUAGUCUACAACUAAAUUCUUAUGUUGUCUUCGAUACAAAUACAUGUUUGUGUAUAUUUAGCUUAUCUUUAACUUAACAAUUGUUAUUCUAAUUCUAAAGGUUAAUUUGGGAAUUUUACUAGAUUGAUGGGUAUGGAUCACAUCUGACAGAAUGUUAUACUUUUUAAAAUCUUGUGUUUAAUAACAACAUUUUUGUCAAUAA